GAGAUACUGCGACAACCUGGGCUCCCGCCCCCUGAGCACAGCAAAUUUCGGGAAGAUCAUCCGGGAAAUCUUCCCCAACAUCAAGGCCCGGCGCCUGGGGGGCCGAGGACAGUCCAAGUACUGUUACGGGGGGAUCAGGAGGAAGACCGUGGUCAGCCUUCCUCCCCUGCCCAGCCUCGACCUCAAAGUCACUGAGACUCAGUCAGAGCUGUCAGAGCUGGUGCAGUCCUACCCCAGCGAGGUGAUGGAGGCCGCCUGCGCCCUGACCUGCGACUGGGCCGAGAAGAUCCUCAAACGCUCCUUCAACAACAUCGUGGAGGUGGCUCAGUUCCUGCUCCAGCAGCACAUCAUCAGCUCCCGCUCGGCCCACGCUGACCUGCUCAUGGCCAUGGUGGUCUCAGGUGGGUGGGGGGUCACCCUUGGGCCCCACGGUGGUCUCAGGUGGGUGGGGGGUCAUCUCUGGGCCCCACGGUGGUCUCAGGUGGGUCAAGGACCAGCCCUGGGCCCCAUGGUGGUCUCAG